AUGGAGGGUGACUUGGGGUCCCCCAAUGCCAGCGUGCUGGGGGAGCGCUCGCUGCUGGUGGGGAGCAGCUGGGUGGCCGCUUUCCUCUGCUUCAUCAUCCUGCUGACCACGGCGGGGAACUUCCUCCUCAUCCUCCUCAUCGUCACCCAGCGCUCCCUCCGUAACACCUCCAACUACUUCCUGGUGUCCCUCUUCAUGUCUGACCUAAUGGUGGGGGUGGUGGUCAUGCCCCCGGCCAUGCUCAACCAGCUCUACGGCCGCUGGGUGCUGCGGGGCGACUUGUGCUCCCUCUGGUACUCGUUCGACGUCAUGUGCUGCAGUGCCUCCAUCCUCAACCUCUGCGUCAUCAGCUUGGACCGCUACCUGCUCAUCAUCUCCCCCCUCAAAUACAAGCUGCGGAUGACCUCCUGCAGAGCCCUCUGGCUCAUCCUGGCCACCUGGACCUUGGCUGCGCUGGCCUCCUUCCUGCCCAUCAAGAUGGGUUGGCAUGAGCUGGAUUUCGAGGUCCGGUCACCGAACGUCACCUCCCGGGGGGACGAGGACCAGUGCCGGCUGCUGGUCAGCUUGCCCUACGCCUUGGUGGCUUCCUGCCUGACUUUCUUCCUUCCAUCCGCCGCCAUCUCCUUCACCUACUGUCGCAUCCUCCUGGCAGCCCGCAAGCAAGCAGUGCAGGUGGCUUCCCUCGCCUCCAACGUAGCCACGGCCACCACCGAUGAGACCACACCGCAGGUCCUCCAGGCCCUGAGCCAGCCCGCGGCCAGCAGCGAGAGCAGGAGGUUCGCCAACAAGCACAGCAAGAAGGCGCUGAAGGCCAGCCUGACGCUGGGCAUCCUCCUCGGCAUGUUCUUUGUGGCGUGGCUCCCCUUCUUCGUCACCAACGUCACGCAGGCAGUCUGCGGCUGUGUCCCGGCCGGCUUCUUCGAUGUGCUCACCUGGCUCGGGUACUGCAACAGCACCAUGAACCCCAUCAUAUACCCGCUCUUCAUGAGGGACUUCAAGAGGGCCAUGGGCAAAUACCUGCCCUGCUGCCGGCGCUCGGGGGAGCCCCAUGCCAGCGCCAUCUCCCUCUCCAUGAGGAACUCCAACAGUGGACCCCGCGCCGCCACGUCCCUCAAGAACGUCCUCACCCUGCAGGCUGAGACCGACUCGGUCGACUCUGGGGCGCUGGGCAAUGAAAGCAGCUCGGCACCCCCGUGGCCUGAGCGAGGGCGGCCGGGGGGGCUGCCGACUGGCGUUAUGGACCUCUGUGUGCGGGGAAGGAUCCCCCAGCCCAACGCAAACUCUCCGGAGCACCGAUUUGCCGCAAGACAUCUCCCUGCCCACGCAUUGCUCCUCGAUACCCUCUUCAAACGCAAAGUGCAUCUCCUUGGAGAAGAUGUCGUCACCGAGCACUCCCGCGGUCUGAACCUCGGACUCCAGACCCCACCACCAGCCUGCGUCUCCCUAAACUUAGACCAAGGCUUGGUUUUCAGCUUCCACUCGCACAGCUCGGCAGAUCGCCUCCGUCUCACCCAGUGCACCGAGGACCGCUGGAACCGCAUCCCGUGA